AUGGCUUCUGUCGCAUACUUCUUCCUAGCUAUCUUAGCUGUUGCUUCGGCAGCACCAGAGGGCCGGAUCGUGGGUGGUGAACAUGUGACGAUCCAAGAGUUCCCCUACGCAGUCGCGUACACCUACCUGUACCCUGGACCUGGCAUAACUGUGCAGCGCUGUGUCGGCACUUUGGUCUCCUCCUUCCAUGUCCUCACUUCUGCCUUCUGUUUCACUGGCGCCAAUUUGGAUAACAUGAGAAUUCGUGCGGGCUCUACGAACAGUCUCUCUGGCGGAACUGUGGUGGAAAUCGACCACGUUGUGAAGAAUCCUGGCUACGUAGAAACUCCUCGAGCCCAUGAUAUCGCUGUGACCUUCCUGAAAACUCCACUCGGCAUUAGCAACGUCAUUAAUGUCCUGUUCUUGCCUCCCCCUAACUCUUACAUAGCUGACGGUCAAUCUGUUAAGGUUGUCAGCUGGGGAUUCGAAUCUGAGAGCGGACCUCAACUAGAAACCCUGAAGACCGUGUUCCUGAACAAGCUCAGCCUUGCCGACUGCCAGGCAGUGUACGGAGACACAGAAAGCGUUGAAAUUUCUGAUGUCGUGAUCUGCGCAGCUGCGGCCGGUAAGGGUAUGUGCUUGGGCGACUCUGGUGCACCCAUGGUGAUCAAUAACGCUAUCGUAGGAUCCUCAUCUUUCUUCAAGGGUUGCCUUGAUGAUGAGUUCCCGGAUAUCUUCACCAGGGUCGACAGAUACACCAACUGGAUCCUAGAGGUGGCUGCAUCUGGUGGCCGCAAGGCCGAGAUAAGGGUAGCCCCUAGCUUGUAA